CGGAAGCAGGAACAAGACUUGUCAAACCCUUCAACCUGUCUAUCCACAUUUGUCAACGCAGAUUGUGGCGUGAGCCCAAAGGAGAAACGGACUAAAUAUAUUUGAUUGUUUGUGUUUUUACCGGGGUGACACAAUGAAGACCAGUUUGCUGCUCUUCACAGUAUUUCUGUUUUGCUUAUUGGUCACAGGGUCUUCUAAAAAGGAAAGUGGGGAGCCAGUUUCACCCAACACGUUGCAAAGCAAACCAGAUCAGAAAAAAAGCUCUGACAAUCCACCACCAAGUUCCGCUGCACCUGAGAAAAGCAGAGCAACAACUGUUACUAAAGGAGUGAAAGAUCAAAAUCAUGCAGAAGUCACUACUGUCAGUAUAUCAGAAAGUGUACCAACAGUGAAACCUGAUAAAAUGUCUACAGACAAAACCAACAAUCAAACACAUGAUGAAUCCAAGAACGGUACGGCAGAAAAUGGCGAGGCAGGAAAAAAUGCCAGUGAAGAGCUGCAUGUGAAUGACAGUAACACAGAGACGAAAGUUAAGAAUCCGGAGCAGUUACCUGGUGGGAAGACUGUUCAGCAACCUCACCCUGAUAAUCAGGCAAAUGUGGAUGCCAGUGGUCACAAGCCUAAAGACAAAGAGCCUCAACAAGAGCCGAAAGUACGUCCUAAUACUGUUACCAAGGGGCAAGUGCAAGUAAAAGAAGACCCCCAGAAGAGAAAGCCAGAAGAUGGUGCCACUGAGAAAAAAACUGAAUCGAGCACCAAAACACAAGCGAAAAGUCAGUUUAACUCACAUGGAAUGAAGGACGAGGCAGAGAGCAGCCAUUUCUUUGCCUACCUUGUCUGUGCAGCUGUGCUGGUGGCUGUGCUUUACAUCACUUACCACAACAAGCGCAAGAUAAUUGCCUUUGUUUUGGAGGGAAAGAGAUCCAAAUCCACACGUCGACCUAAAUCCACAGAAUACCAGAAGCUGGAACAGCAUAUCUGAUCUCAAGACAUGGCCGUGAAACCCUUGCCUCAAACAACAGAAUAAUCUGUGGGCUGUUAGAAGAGAUCGAGUGGAUGCUGGCGUUAAAGAUAUUUUUGUGACAUACUCUGCUUUGAUUUCACCUUGUGUUAAAUGGACUUUUUUCUGUUUUGUACUUUCAGAUGCUUAUUGCAUGACUAUGCAGAUGACAUUGUUGCCUUACUGAGGGACUUUGUGAAAUGCUGUGAGGGUAAAAUAAGCAUGUUGUUUUUGCACUUGUGCUGUUAUUCCACUUUUUAGGCGAUCUUGUAAUUCUGACCUGACUAAGGUCCUGACUCAGGAUAUUUCAGUAGCAAAUGAAAAUAUUAGUCAGGGUUUCCAGCCUUGCUUGUACAGUACAUUGGUGAUUACACUGUGUACCUAAAUAAGCCAUCUGAAUCUUUGUAAAAUACUGGCUGUAUAGGAUUUCUGUGCGGCUGUUUUAAAUGUAAAUGCUGUUUUAAAUUUAGAUGUGCAGAAGUAUCACAGAAGGAUUUCUGCUAUCAACCAUAUAGUGUUGACCGGACGAAUGUAAUAGCAACCCUUUUUUUUUUUCGAAUGAGAUGCUUGCACAGUGCUCACCCACUUCAGCUUCUUAAAGGCAGAAACUUGCAAACAGAUAAAGUCUGGAUUUCAAUAAUCUUUUAAAAAACGUCUUUUUUUUUUGCUGAUGGUUGGAUGAAAAGAUCAACACAUUUCUCACAGCUGCUCCUUAAGUUUAGCGCUAAUAGUAGGCUAUAGGAGCUUCUGGUUAGCUUAGCCUGCCAUAACUGACUGUCUGAAGAUAACAAACAUGUUUUAAUUCUUUUGGUUAAUCCAAACAAAAACUCUAUUGUUACAACAACAUGUUGCAGUUUUACACAGGACUACAUGCUAGACUAUUUCAGGAACUGGAGUGUUUAUGCUUAGCUAAGCUAGCCAUCUGCUUGAAGAUGAUAAUUUACAAAAUACUGAGCUGGUAUUUAAAAUACAAUUUUAGUUACUGAUGUUUUAACAGCUGUCAGGGUGUUGGGUAUACAUGUAUAUGUCUCUCUUUUUUAAUUCAUACUGAAUGUUAUACAAAACAAUAUGUGUGAUGCGGUUGGUGGUGUCAAAAUGCUGGUUAUCUGUGAACUGUCAGUCUGGUUAUUAUAUGGUUGCCCAGCAUCUCUGUGACCAGUUGUUCCCCUAACUUUAUUCUCCGGGGAUUGGUUGACCACUAAAAAGUUAGAUUUAAGCUUUUUUCUUGGGUAGAUGUGUUAAUGUUAAUAGCUGACAGACUUGUGCCAAAAUGUCAGUGGUUUUACUGUGAUUCAAUGUGUGACUCUUGUAGUGUGCCUGUUUCAUCAGUUAAUGCUAUAUUUUUAUUCCAGUGGUGGCCAUAAUCUAUGGAAAGCCCUUUCUGUAGAGAGAAAAAGAGUUUCUUGGUAGAAUUGAAGUCCAUAUUAUAUCCCAAGAUAUAUUUUUAUUGUGAGAUCUACAUAGAAAAUUCUUCAUUUUCAUAAUUUGUGUUUUUUAAACACUUAGCUCUUCUCCAGAAUUAGUUGGAAUAUACUGAGUCAUUCCUUCACACAGUCUGGCUGAAAUUAGCAUGUUUUCAAGAUGUCACAUAAAAGUAUAAUGUAUUUUACUUUGCUAGGAAUGGCUGUCCAUAAAAACAUCCCAGUGUCAGAUGUUAAGAUGUUUUGUUGCUGGACCAAUCAAGAUGACUAUUGAUUCUAAAAUAAAAUGCUUUUUGUACUUUA